AUGGGAGACAUAAGAGAAGCAGACCUACUCCUUGCAGACGAGGAGUCGCUGUCCAAGCUAGAUGAACACAGAGGUUGGAAGCCACGAUGGCUUGUCACCCUGAUUUCCACAGCAGCGGUGGCGCUAUUCGUGGUAGUGGCAACCGUACGCGGCACGACCGGUAAAGGCAAGCCAGAAAUGCUCUGUGCGGCACGGAACUGUUACUCGGCCUCGGAAGGACGCUUAGCCUUCCCACAGCUGUCGGAGUCGGACAUCCCAGAAGGGUCCUGCUCUAGACCUUCAACUUUCUGCAGUCGGGAUGAUGACCACAUCGAGUACCAUGAUUGUGACGGCGAUGAGGUUUUAGAUCCAUUCUGCAACAGCGCGGAGAAACUGAAAUUUGGCUUCCUGAGCUCUGCCAAUGGUUGCCGAAAUAAUUGGCCAAACGGCUUGUGCCAGAAUCAGGAUGAGCCGAGUUACAUUGCGAGCUUGCGUGCAGUCCCUAGUCCAUCAAAUGAGAUCACCAUCAUUCACUUCAAUGAUGUGUACCAAUUAGCCGGUGUGUUUGAACAUGGCAUUCGCAAGGGGGGCAUGUCUCGAGCUGCCUACGUCAUCGAACAGGCACGGAAACGGAAUCCUGAGCGGACCUUCGUCGUCUUCGCGGGCGACCUGCUUUCCCCUUCGGUCCUGAGUGACCUUUUCGAAGGGGAGCAGAUGGUCGACAUCCUGAACUUCCUCAAUCUUACUGCUGCCUCCUUGGGCAAUCACGAGUUCGAUUUCGGCGUCGAAACGCUCAGGAAACGGAUUCAGGAGUCCAGGUUCGUGUGGUUAAAUACCAACCUGCUGGAUGAAGCCGGCGCUUUGUUUCCAGGAACCCAGCACCACAAGAUCAUAGACAUCCCUUUCUCACCACGCUGGUCGGAGGGCGGUGACGUGAAGACCACUCGCGUUUGCCUGUUUGGUGUGGCUUACGAUGUGCGAGAGACAAUGUUCAAGGACAGACACAGGGUGAAUUAUGUAGAUGCGCUGGCCGCAGCUCAGAAGGAGGCCAAGAUUCUUCGAGAUGAGCACCAGUGCAAAGUCGUCUUGGCUUUGACUCACCAGUUCGCCUCGGAGGAUUGCAAGCUAUCCAAGGCGCUGGGGAAAAGCGUUGAUCUGAUCUUGGGUGGGCACGACCAUAGCACGGAGCUCAAGACAGUGUGCGGGCAUGCACCUUACGUGAAGGCAGAUUCGGACCUGAAGACGCAGUGGAAGAUGAAGCUGCUGCUAACUGACGAAGGUACGGUGGACUCCGUUGAAGGUGAGCUGAUAACGCUUACAGACUUCGACCCAUUCUCGGUUGGUGUGCACAACAAGGUGGUUCACUGGGAGGAGAGAGGCAGUGCUGAGCUGGCCAAGAAAAUCGGCUGUUCAAGCGCCCCACUCGAUGCAGUUACUCGACACGUGCGUCAGAGAGAGACGAAUGCUGGAGACUUUGUGGCUGAUGCCGUCAAGAACAUGCACAGGACACAGGUGGCCCUCAUCAACGGCGGCACCAUCCGAGGAGACAAGGUCUUCGCAGCUGGCGAUCUUUCGAAAGAGAUCGUCACGGAGUUGCAUCCGUUUGGGAACGGCAUCGUCAAGAUCUAUGCAACCGGGGCAGAGAUCAAGAACUACAUCGAUGAUUCGUUGAAGUGCUACGAUACUUUUUGCGGCAACUUCGUGAACCCUGCGGGUUUGCGGUACACGUUUGAUCCUGCAGCGCAACACGGACAGAGGGUCAAAAGCCUGACUUUCGAUGAUGGCCGGCCAAUCCCGGAUGAUGCCAGUCUCACGGUGGCGCUCACUGACUUUAUGCUUUCGACAUCCGCUCUGUCGUCGAAUCGUUUCUACAAUAUGGUCACGGUGAAUGAUGCAGUUCCCCUCGUGCAGGCACUGUUCGCGGCAGCCGCGAAUGUGGCCAACUUCAGCGUGGCAGUUUUUCCCGAAGUCCAGCAUUUGCAUGGCAUCGUUCACGACAAGUGGCCUUUCCGUCUUGACAUUGACACAGAAUAUCAGGACUGGAUCCUCGUGGCGGUUUGCACGCUUGUAUCCUGUAUAUGGUGCUUACCCUGCAUCUGUGGACGCCUGAAUUAUCGAGCCAGCCGGAGCUUCUCCAGCUUUGUCUACACUCGCCUCCACGUCUACUUCUGCGUGGCGACCUACUUGAAUGUGUUUAUCCUGGUUUUCACCAUAGGUGUGUUGCCAGAUUGGACAGUGAAUCAGUUUUGCGUGUACUUCGUGGGCUUCGUUGAUUGGGUCUUGAUCCAUACGGCGAAGCUGAUCACCUCGUUAUCUAUCCUGUUCGCAUUCUACGUGGUCUUCCGAUUCCGGAACAAGAUAGCUAUAGCUACUGGCUUAGAGCACAUCACGCUUAUUCGCUUCAAUUGGAGGGAUCUGUUCGGCCUCCGCUCUCGUCAGAGGCCCAUCGAGGUUUUCAUUUGGAAGGUCGAGGGGCUGCAGAGUGCAUCCUCCAAGUUCACGAAGCCUAACGAUCUCUUCGUCGAGUGUCAUAUGGGAUACAACGAGCCCAUGCGGACCCGCGUUCACAACAACGCCGGCAGUGAAGCUGUGAUAAGGGAGUCCUUUCAGCUGAACAUAGAUGAGAACUCGCCGGACACGUUGAUGACGCUUCUGGCAAAGGACCAGUCGUUGCUCACCAACUCCGAGAUUGCUCGGUUGACGCUCUCCACUAGAGAGCUGUGUGGCAUUGAGGAUCAGACCGGCAAACGUCGAAGCACGUUUUCCUACGACGAGGAUUCCUUCCUGGAGCUCAGUCUGAAUCCAUCCGGGAAGAUUUGGAUUGCAGUCGCUCCUGUCGACGAGGCAGCAGAGGAGGAAAGAUCACUUUUGCUGCAAGAGGAUUCGUUACUGCCCUGUUGA